UAACACUCGCGGGAAAAGAGGGAGCGCGGCUGGAAGCGCGCAUGCGCCUUGGCUGCUGCUGUAUGCUCCUUCAGCGCUGAGCAUCCUGUCGGUCUCGUGCUGGGUGGAAAUGCCCAACCGAGGGACGCGCCCAGAGGACAGCUCUGUGCUGACCCCCACCGACAAUUCGACCCCACACAAGGAGGAUCUUAGCAGCAAGAUUAAAGAACAAAAAAUUGUUGUGGAUGAACUUUCUAACCUUAAGAAGAAUAGGAAAGUAUAUAGGCAACAACAGAACAGCAAUAUAUUCUUUCUUGCAGACCGAACAGAAAUGCUGUCUGAGAGCAAAAAUAUAUUGGAUGAACUGAAAAAAGAAUACCAAGAAAUAGAAAACUUAGAGAAGACCAAAAUCAAGAAAUAGUCAACCUGAUUUCACAUAGUAAUGUGUGGCAUUUGUUGUUCUGUAAACUUUUCUGCUGAGCAUUUCAGUCAAAAUUUAAAAGAGGACUUACUGUAUAAUCUUAAACAGCGGGGACCCGAUAGUAGUAAACAAUUGCUGAAGUCUGAUGUUAACUAUCAGUGUUUAUUUUCUGGUCAUGUCCUCCACUUGAGGGGUGUUUUGACUAUCCAGCCUGUGGAAGAUGAAAGAGGCAAUGUGUUUCUAUGGAAUGGAGAAGUUUUUAGUGGAAUAAAAGUUGAAGCUGAAGAGAAUGACA